UGCAUCAGCCAGUCGAUGGUGGCGCCCGCCGUCAAGGCGCUGCACCGCUCCGUCUACUCGCUCGCGCGCUACCGCGACCUGCGCGGCGAGUGGCGCGUCUCCGUCGACAUCGAGAGGGACGGCCGCGUGACGGUGCGGCACGACAAGUGGGAGCAGGCCGCCGACGCCAGCCCCCUCGCCUUCUUCAAGUUCCGGUGGUGCCUCGCCCUCACCUUCGACGCGCGGGUGGCCUCGAUGCUCGCCGCCACGGUCUCUGUGGUCGACUUCGCCUUUGGGCCCCGCACCGAGCCGGAGCAGGAGCGGCGCGUCCGCGCGCUGCUCCGCCCCUGGCUCGCCCCCGGCGUGCCCUACCAGCACGUGUGGGCGUCGCUCGACCCGGCGCUCAAACCUCGACGCAUGUAGGAACCCUUCCUCGAGUACUCGUCGUCGAUGUAUAGUCGAGCCGCCCGAGCCCCCGCCCCCCCCCGGGCGUGCUAGCAUUCGGCUACUCUCAGCGGGGAGGGAGGCAGCGGCCGGGCAGCAAAGUAGCAAUGCCCAGAUAUUCCGUCUACUCUAUCGAUCUCUCACCGCUCUUUCACGUUUCAGAGAGCGGUCGUGUUUUCCCAGAGUGACGCAGUGUGUAGUGUGGGCGUGGUGAGAGCUGAGUGGCUGAGUGUGUGAGAGCUGACGCGCGCGCUCGCCGCCCCAUUCCAUGCCAUGUGAUGAGGUUUUCGUUUUACGUAUAACGUAAUUUGCCAU